CACAUCCACAAAGUUGUCUACUUGCAUUUGCCCCACCAUGGGCAAGUCAUGGAUUUCUUAUGCCUCUUGGUGUUUCAAGCAAGCCAAGGACUCACAACUUAAUAAUAAUGAAGCUGCCCUUCGUUCGUGCUUCUCUCCAAUACUUAUUUCUGAAGUUUCACCUGAGAGAUUUAAGUUGACUAAGGAUGAGGUACAACAGGUUAAAUCAUUGAUUUUGAACCUUUUACAGGACAAGGGUGAUAUGAAAUGUUUCAAAGAUGAACAAGAAGGUUGGAAAUUUUGGCUUGAUUCACAAGAGCAAUCAAAUAGCGACAACCCUCUAACAACAUUAGUGCUGCAGUUAGUGAAUAUUAUUGAAACAGUGGCUGCGGCACCAGGUGCAGAAAACUGUGGUGGGGAAAGUCUUUCAGUCAUGCUAUCUUCUCGGUUAAAAAUUUGUUUGUUAAAUGCAAAUCUUGGGCUCCGGGAAUCUGAUGUAAUAUCUACUUUGGAUGACUUAGUCAACAUUUGGUGGUCUUUGAGGAGGAGAAGAGUGUCCCUGUUUGGGCAUGCAGCUUAUGGUUAUAUACAAUAUCUUUCUUAUUCAUCUACCCAGCUUUGCCAGAAUCAGAUGCCUGUUUCAAAUGAUGAGUCUUUGAAGCAAAAGACUGGAAGCUACACUCUGAGGGCUAUAUUGUACAUAUUGCAUAUACUUCUCAAUUAUGGUGUGGAGUUGAAAGAUACGCUUGAAUCUGCUCUUAUGGUUGUCCCUUUGUUGCCAUGGCAGGAAGUUACCCCUCAAUUAUUUGCUCGCAUAAGUUCUCACCAUGAACAAGUGAUCCGGAAGCAUCUGGAGGGCUUACUGAUUAUGCUGGCUAAGCAGUCUCCCUGUUCCAUAGUGUACCCAACACUAGUGAUGUUAAUGCUUAUGAAGAGAGGCCUUCAGAAGAGCUACAUCAUGUGCUGA